AUGACAGUUACUUCAAGUGUUAGUGAAGAAGGAGAAGGAAAGUCGAUAUAUGAAAUAGUAGGUAUAUUAAUAGUAGGUAUAUUAAUAAUAACAUUAAUGUCUCAUAUAAUAGUAAGAUUAAUACCAUGGUUACAUAUAUUAUCUGAAUCAAUAGUAUCAUUAUUUAUAGGUGUAAUAGUAGGAUUAGUUCUUUUAGUAUUACAUUAUAUUGGAGUAGAUUUUUUAUUAGAUGCACUUCAUUUUGCACAUAUAUUUCAAACAAUAUUUUUACCAUGUAUUAUAUUUAAUGCAGGGUUUACAAUGAAAAAAAGGAAUUUUUUUGCAAAUAUUAUUCCAAUUCUAUCGUAUGCAAUUGGGGGAUGUGUUCUUUCAUCAUUGAUAAUUGGAUUUGGGGUAUAUGGAUAUACGUUUUUAGGAAAUAUUAAAUUUAUUGGACUUGGUAAAAACAAUUUAAAUAUAACUCAAUCACUUCAAUUUGGUACUUUACUUGGUGCUACUGAUCCUGUUGCUACACUUGCAUUAUUUCUUGAAUUAAAUGUAGACCCAUUAUUAUAUUCAUUAGUUUUUGGAGAAUCAGUAUUAAAUGAUGCAGUUUCUAUUGUAUUGUUUCAUACAUUAGAUGGAACAGGAACAUCAUUUGGAUGGAUGUCUUUAGUAAAAAUAAUAGUUCAAUUUUUAGUUAUUUCUAUUGGAUCAUGUGCUAUUGGAUUAUUUGUUUCAUAUUUUUCAGCAUUUAUUUUUAAUAAAAUGAAAGGAAUCAAUAUUUCAAGUACUUUUAAUUUGGUAUUAAUUCUAUGUGUUGCAUUUCUUGGCUAUUUUAUUGCUGAAUUAUUAGAAAUGUCAGGAAUUUUAACUAUUUUUGUAACUGGUGCAGUUAUGUCACAUCAUCAUUGGUAUUCUGUUCCUGAAAAUCAAAGACCUACUCUUUAUACUUCAGUUGGAACACUUGCAUUUGUAAGUGAAACUUUAACAUUUAUUUCAGAUUGA